AUGAACGCUGGAGGAGAAAGCGAAACGUGCGCCGAGGCAGCGGCAGCGCCCCAAGCGGCGCAACCCCGUGUGGCGAGACGAGCGCGUGCAGGUGGCCCUCCGACUGGGCGCACUUCGGUAUUGAUGACGAAUCCAAUGAGCAUUGCCUUGAUGACUGUGUGGGCCUUUUCCUGCGAAGGGGCGCUGCUGCUCAACAUAUUGGCCGACGUCUUCCAGAGUCGGGCUCCUGCGUUCCCGCUGGUGCCCACCAUCACUACAAGCAUUGGGCUAAAUGUACUGUGCGCCGUCCUCACCGUCUUCCUUGGGCGACUGUCUUUCCGGGGAUUUAACUUUUACCAGCCCUUUGCCGGGGGACAGUCCUUUGUGGUGAUGCAGGGGUUUGGAUAUUGCAUACUGGUCGUCACAAGCAUCCUUCUGUUUGUGUAUGUGGAGCAGAUUAGAAUUCCCUUAGCCGUCUACCGUUAUGGAAUGUUGACCGUCCUCGGUUGUUUUAGUGCGUUAGCGGGCAUUACACUGAUGACGUCCUUGUUGUUCUUUGUCCCGGCACGCCAUAGAGGAGGGCGUAGUGCAAAACGCUCUGUGCCAACCCAUGAGGAGGCCAUCUGGUGGCGCGACCUCUCCGCCUCCCCAAAUGGUGAGAUUGGAAUCAUUGUCUCCUUUUGCGUCGCACUUCUUCUGUGCGCUUCGUUUGCGGAGUAUUACCCAGGCAUGCGUCGUAUCAGCGCUGUCGUUACCGCUGUGUUGUCGUCCAUCGGCCUCUUUAUUACCCACGUGAUUGUCGGUUAUACGUACACCCCCGGUUACCGUCUUUUUAUGCCGAAUGCGGGUACACCUAGAAUGAGUUUGAUGCAGGCAUUUGGUUGGUUUCUCGCGGCUGCAAGCUUACAUUUAGAUAUGAUUCUCUAUAAGGCAGGCCCUGGGGCGUCGUCGUCACUGCAUAUCUUGGCUGGGUUAAGCUCAGUCAUUAGCCUAAGCACGCUGCUGUUGUUUAUACGUCUGCACCGAUUUCCAGCCUCCACACAAAGUGGAAUGUCUUUGGUUGGUGAAUACGGUCCCAUGGUUUUGACGCUGACGAGUGUCAUUCACGUCGCCGUGGUGUGGGGUUUGGCCCUCAUUCUUUCCUCCAACGCCUACAGUGAGGAGCCGCAGCUGCGUCAAGGGCUUGUGCUUUGUCAGACCCUCUCCUCGCUGCUUACCUUUGCACUCCCGCCCUGCACACAUCUCUUGGGACGCAUCGCAUUUGGCAGGGAGUACGAGGUGUGGAUGCCGUUCAAGGGACCACUAGAGUUUGUGGUGCUGCAAAGUGCCGGUUGGACGUGUUUUGGGGUUGCCAUUUUCUUUGCGACGCUGCAAAUUACAGAAAACCUUCAUUUUCGCUUCGUCAUCGUUGAGUCCUCGCUUACGGCGCUUUCACAAGGGUUUAUCCAUGCCUCGCUGCACCUGUUUGACGAAGGGCGUAAGGGCGCCAAGCCGAGGCCGGGGAACUCGCCAAAUGCCUCGUCCGACAGCGGGGAUGUGGUUGCCGACGCCAACGGCAUGGAGGACGAGGAGCCCUCGCUGUAUGAGGUAGGCGGGUCACUCGUCACAACGGUGCUGAAUGGGGAGAUGCUGACUUCCAUUCUACUUUGUACGAUUGGGCUCAUUCUCCGGGUCGUGGCCGACGUCGCAGAGGAAAGUGGAAACGCCUUUGACGAGUUGAUGUGUAUUCCGACAAAGUCGCUGCUCAAGUUGUCGGUCAUCAUCUCCAUUCUUGUCGUGCCCAUCGCCCAUCUUUCUAUGCGAGAGCGCAUUUCCGUGUGGCGUCCGUUCGUGGGCUGCGGCGGCUACGUGGCGAUGCAGUCGAUUGGCUGGUCAAUCUACGCGGUUAAUCUCUUCAUUUUCGUUGCCAACGGCCUCAGCGAGAAGCGGCAGAGUCUGCUGCCGCCUGUCAAGGGGGAGGACCACAUGUUCCUGGGAUACACCAUGGAGGGGCUGAUUGCGACAAUCCCGCUUGCCUGCAUCAUUAUCGGUGCCUUUUUUGAGACACAGGAGCAAAGCUGUAAGAAAGGGAUUCAGGAACGCAAAAAACAGGAGGUGCUUGAACUUUUUCGCGUUCUGCACCGUGCGAUCCCAGACGAGGAGGAGUUGUGCCAUGCUGAGGCACUAUUGCGGGCCAUUGCGGGUCCACGAUGGAUGGAGCCGCCCGCCACGGACGGGGCACGACUGAUUCGAGAGGCAGAGGAGACGGCGCAUGCAAGGCAGGAGGCAGCCACCCACAUUGUGACGAUUCUGAGCGUUGCGAGUGCACUGGCGUUUAUUUCUGCCGCCUUUUUAGCAGAAAGUCAGCCCGUCUUUACCCUCGUUUUUGGUGCUGCCGGGAUAACGGUGACAACGAUUUCUUGCUUUUCUGUGCAUUAUGUCUACGGCACAUUCCUGCACCGUGCAUCGGGUCAAUAUUCAUUUUUUAUGCCUUUUUCAGGUGGUCCAACGUUUGUGACGCUGCAGGCGGUUGGCUGGGGCUUCUACACCGUGUCCGCCUUGUUGAUCGCCCUCAGCUGCGCGGAGUGUCGCGGCUCCGCGAUUGUGUUUGUCACCACCGGCGUCUUUAGCGUCAGUGCACAGUACUGCAUUCUAAAUUCUGUGCCACGGUUUGACCCAACCCCGCGUCCCACCUCCGUGCUGGAGCUUAACGCUGAAGGCAUUAUUGCCGUGCUGGCCUUAAUCGGCUCCUUUGCCUUCGCGAUGGUGUACGACCUGUACACACAGGGCCGUGUCUCUGGAAUGGCAUCGUCGCUGCUUCCCAUCACCGUUUCCGCCGUCUCCACCUGCUUUGCUGUUCCACUGGGUCUGGUGUCGCUCAAACGCAACGCAGCCAGGUGUUCCAAUUCGGCUUUUGCCCUCUUUGACAAUUCCCUCGAAUCCACCGAGAGUGACGAUGAGGCCGAUAGCACGCCGUCGCUGUCACGGACGCCACUCCCUUCUUUGAUUCCUGGUGCUGCGAAUUCACCGAGAGUUGCUGCUUCGGCUACGUCGUUCACUGACACGAUGCAUCGUCGGCAAGUAAGCGAGCUGAGUAUUGAGAGCGGCAGCGGCUACCUUUCACGGGCCUUAACCCCGGCGCCGGGUGAUUUGGUGCAAGCUUCUCAGGGGCGUCAAAGGAGUGGCCUGCGUGAUUCGGUAUACAUGACAUGCUUUAUGGUGGCCACCUCUUCUGCGAUUCUGGCAUCAACCCUCAUUUCAUUUGCUCUUAUCUACGUUGUUUACUGUCAUGCGUACAGUGGCGUGGAGGCGGUUGCCGCAGCCUCUGCGUCUCUUCGUUACUUAUUAAUUGGCUUUGGGUUAGCUGUACUCGUUCCAAUUUUUGCGCCUGGAAAAAGUCCAGGUCCACGUAAGAGUCUAUGGCGCCGCGUUUAUAACGCACUCUGCUGUUACUUCAUAUAUUCCAUUCCAACAAUCGUGGUGGUGGGUUCGCUGGGGCUUCCGUUGGUGGUAAAGACAUCUGGGGCGUACGCUUUUGCCAUUAGCAUGCUUGUCGUGUCGUGUUUCUCAACAAUUCCACAUAUUCACCUUAUUUGCAUGCUGGUGAAUGUUUCCCUCCUUGGCUACUUUUGGCACCAUCAUAUUUACACGUGUUUACUGGUGGGGUCGGCGGCGUUUACGCCGUGGAAGUUUGUCACGGACACCCUAUUGACGGUCUUUUGGCCGUUGUACUUUCGCCGCCUCCUUGACCAGCCGCAGGUUACGGGGCGCCUGCACAGCCCCAGGGUGAAGCGUUUUUGGGCUCGCUGGGUGUACUCCGCCGUGGCGGACUACUUUAGCCUUCGCGUCAUCGUUGACGGGAGGGAGUCGCGACGAGGCGAGAGUCCGCACCCCGCACGGGGCGAUUGCGUCGACCUGAGUAACCCGGAAAACAAGUACUUAUUCUCUUUCCACCCGCAUGGCGUCUUCCCUGGGACGGUGAUGUGGGCGCCAAACACGCGUCAGUGGGAGAAGGCCGUGGGCUGCAACACGGAGAAGUUUAUCUCGGUGCAUUGCGCCGACGUCGUUUUUGCAGUUCCCUUGAUGCGGGACUUCGUGCUCUCCAUGGGAGGUAUGACGGUGGCGCGUCGGGGCAUUGAGCAUAGCCUUCUGUCUGGCAACAGCCCGAUUGUGGUGACAGGGGGACAGGCGGAGAUGCUCUACACCAAAUACAGCCGCACAGAGAUGCAUCUGGUGACGCACCACAGUGGAUUCGUGCGCAUGGCAAUGACGCAUCGGGUGCCACUUGUGCCCAUUCUCAGCUUUGCAGAGAAUAAUAUUUUGAGCAACGUAAGCUGCUUCGCCCUGCAGCGAUACACUACGGAAAAGGUGGGGUUUCCGUUCCCAACUGUGCCCUACGGAAGAUGGUAUCUGCCACUGCCCAACAUGCAACCUCUCACGGUCGUAGUGGGUCGACCAAUUUUGCCUGAGCCCGGCCUGGACGUCCCGGAGAACCCGGAGCACGUGCAGCGGUACCAGCAGCGUUACUUCAAGCACCUCGAGGAGCUCUUCUUCAAUUACCGCGCCAAGGCCGGGUACCCAGAUAUGGCACUCUUUCUGCACCACCGCAGGGAGGUUCGCCGGGUCUCCGCGAAGACUGAAGACACCACAAAUACCACGGCGGGAGACGAGGCUAAUGACACGCCAGCCGGUUUACAGUAA